AUGGAAGUUCCAAAAUCUUUUUGUCUCUGGUAUUCAUUUUUCAUACUUGCCGGAUGUGUUGUGAGGUUAACAAUCGCUCAUCAUCAAGGCAAAUGUGAGAUAAGUCGGGGCCGACAUCGAAUGGGGACAAACCAUGCCAUGCUGGGACACAGCUAUAAAAAUUUCACUUUGUCCCAAGCUUAUGACUGUCAUGUGAAAUGUUUCGAAGAGAAGUGCAGAUGUCGAGCGUACCAAAUAUGGCAAAAACGCUGUGAGCUAUUGGACGAAGAUAGGUUUUCCGCUCCCAAAGACUUCGUUAACGAUGCCGAGUACACCUACUUCGAUAUGAACCGGGAAUUUCCUAACUUGGUAAGACAAACGCUGAAAUUGUUGAUGAUUUUUACUUUAGUUUAAUUUCCAUCAGGAUGAUACCCUCUAAAAGACCAUCGACGAAGAAAGUUUGGACCGCAUUUUUGGUUGCAGGCUGGCGAGCCAGUUGAAGUGUUUGACUUUUAAAAAAAGGGAAAAGCCAUAAUUUCUUUGUAAACAAACCCUUUCAUCCACCUUCGAGCAAAGGUGAUUUCUAUCAUUAAAGUUGCAUUAAGAUCACCUGAAAGAGACAAGUAGAGGGGAAAAAUAUAUACAGGCUGAAAUUGUGGAGCACAACCAGAGGGAAAUGAAAAAGGGGGGACGGUAAUUUUUUCCUCGCCAGCUGGAAGCGUUUAUAAUUAAGAAACAAAAAGGGAGAAAAUUUCCAUCGAACUCAGUCGUGCCGUUUAAUCCUUUGAGUGUGCAGAUGAUUUCUUUUCUUAUUACGUAAGGUCUCUAUAGUAACUUAAUCUUCUAGACUGGAAUGUUUGCCCAAAAAUUCAGCUUUGACGCUUAAUAAAUAAAUGUAAAGUCUUUAAUCAUAGACUUCACAAGGUAACAAAAGCAAAUUAAGAGAAAAACAAAAUGGCCGACCCAAGAUGGCCGCCUUGUGCCAUUCAUAAGCCCCGUGCAAACGGACGCAACAUUGUUGGAUGUUACAUGUUGCGUCCGUUUGCACACCCUGUUGCAUGUUGUUGGAUGUUGUUGCGUGUUGUUGCGCAAAGUUUGAAACCGGUCAAACUUUUCACCUAACAAAAACUCCCAACAUUUCUUUUGUUCCGUGAUCGCCGAAGCGUGGCACAACAAUGUUGGAUCCAUUUGAACAGCCCAUAAGUCAGCUUGACUUAUGGGUUGUAUUCUUCCCACGAUGCACUUCAGGUCCCAACAUUGUUGGGAGUUGUUGCAUCCGUUUGCACACCACUGCCAACACGCACGCAACAACUCCGAACAUUGUUGGCGCAAGAAUAUUGGGAGUUGUUGCGUCCGUUUGCACGCAGCCAUAAAUCAAUUCUUUUGCUUGGCGACGUGCUAGUGUACUAAAAAAUAUUCCAUAAAAGUUGGCUUCCAUAUUAAGAUACGGCCACUAAAAUUACACAGAAUAAUAUACUGAUCAUUUCCAAUAUCAUGAAAUAACUUGUUAGAGUUAAUCGUGAUAAAAAUUUGAUAGUUCUAUAGAAGGAUGCUCAGGAAGCAAAACAAAAAAAAAACAAAAAAAAACUGCAAGUUGUGAAAUUCCAAAAACCCAGCUCCGGGUCUGAAUUAGGAUUAAAUUACGCUGUUAAGCUACUACCCUUUUAUCAUUCUCAGACUUGAAUUCUCAUCGUAUUUUUUUGCUAAUGAUAUAUCACAAUAAUUAUUAUCGAAAUUCGAAACUUGUUUUUUUAUCUUUAGAUCCCUAUCAACGCAAAAUCAAAGAAACUGUGCAUCAAUCAUUGCUGCAACCAAAAUCCAUGUGCUCAUGGAGGAACGUGCAUUGAAUUGUGUGGUGAUGCGAAAGUAAAGUUUAAUUGCACCUGUCCCACGGGAUAUUUUGGCAGAUUGUGUCAUAAACGAAGACCUACAUCUUGCAAGGAACAAUUAGAAAAUGACAGACGUAGCAGUUCUGCUGUUUAUGAACUGUUUGAUCCAACAACCAACUCAUUUUACCAAGUCUUUUGCGAUUUUAGGUCAGCUGAUGUCAUUAUCUGGACUCUGGUCGAGUCGUUUAGCUUCAGUUAUAAGUUGGAGUUCAGGAGUGAAACAUUUUUAAACAAUUACCCAGUAAAUCAACAAGCCUUCAAGUGGAAAAAGUUCCGUUUAUCCUGGUCGAGGAUGAAGGCCAUAGCAGACCACUCGACACAUGUGCGUGCAACAUGCAACUUUGACACAGAUGGUCUUAACUACACCGAUUAUUUACGAGCCAAGUUUAGCGAUAUUAACGUUAUGAAUUUCAGCAGUCACGGUUGCAAAAAAUUCGAGUACGUCAAUAUCAGAGGCCACGACUGCAUUAACUGCACUGCUUACUUUGGACAAAAUAAAUAUUGGCACGCUCAUAUUGAUUCCUAUCACGGAAUAGCGAAUUGCGAGCUAAAGAGCACUAAGGCUAGGUCCCACCCAGGAGGGGAGGAUAAUUUUGGUUGGUAUGAAACAGUUAAUCCUAUUCACAGAUGCACAAGAAACAACACUUCUACUACGCAGUGGUGGUUUGGUGAA